AUGGAAAGCCAUGGAGAAGGAAGUUCUGAUUUCUCCGUCCAAUGGACUGAUGGAUGGAGCACGGACUCAACGGAUGAUGAUGAAGGAAGUGCUGCACGGUCACUAGAGACAGAGGAAAGUCAAUCGGCAGCGGGGGAUAGAGAAGAUGGUUCAGUGGCUGGUGAUGAGGAUUCCAUGCCGGUACCAACAGGAAUACACAUUACGGCUGACACACAACAUGGUGACAAAGAAUUGAGAUCAGCGGUUUUAACUGCCGCCGCAUUGGAAUCAGCUGAGUAUAAUAGUGUGGAAGAGGCGUACAAAGCAUAUGUGACUUUUGCGAAGGCAACUGGAUUCACUGUACGAAAGGGUGAUUCUGUGAAAAAUGAGGAAGGGAAUAUCGUGCGGAAUGAGCCUGUAACAGAUGUGACAGGAAGUGUUACCAACUCAUUGUCCUGUUAUUUGAGUGACAGGUCUCAGAAAGUGCAAUCAAAGAGGAAGAGAAAAUCCAAUGAUGAGGAAGAACUUUGUAAACCUAGAGAAAAGCUAGACAGUGGAUUGUUCGGUGAAUACUUGGAGAAAAUAUGGAGGAGUUUCUCGGAAGAGAAGAGAAGGCGCUGCACAUACUUUGACAGCUUAUGGUUUAACCUAUACAGGAGUAAAUCAUCUAAAGACAAGGUGCUGGCUUGGAUAAAAAAGGCUAAUAUUUUCUCAAAGGCAUAUGUUUUUGUUCCAAUAGUUUGCUGGGGUCACUGGAGCCUCUUGAUCUUCUGCCAUUUUGGUGAGAGCUCGCAAACAAAUACUAGAUCACCUUGCAUGUUGUUGCUAGAUUCUCUUGCAAUGGCGAAUCCAAGGCGACUUGAACCGGAGAUAAGAAGAUUUGUGCUAGACAUUUAUCAGGCAGCGAACAGGCCUGAAACUAAGAAUAUUAUAUCUCGAAUUCCAUUGUUGAUUCCUAAGGUGCCGCAACAAAGAGACGGUAAUGAAUGUGGGAACUUUGUCCUCUAUUUCAUUAAAUUGUUUCUUAGUCUCGCUCCAGAUGAUUUUAGUUUGGAAGGGUAUCCUUACUUUAUGAAAAAAGAUUGGUUUACCCACGAAGGCUUGGAUAGGUUUCGUGAGGGACUUGAUUCAAUGGGUUAGAAGUUCUAAAAUUUUAGUACAAACUGUUUGUAACAUACUAAUAUGUGCAGUUCAACUUUAUCGGACUUUAUUUUCUGCUGGAAUGGAACUGAUACUCAAGUACUCUUAUGGAUAUUUAUGAAGUUAAUAAACUUGCAUAUUAGUA